CCGCUGGAGAAGACCCCCCCUACAUGUCCCGAGUGCAACAAAAGCUUCAAGCACCAGUCAGCAUUGGCUGUCCAUGCACGGAGACACACGGGUGAGCGGCCGUUCAUCUGCACUGACUGCGGGAAGCGCUUUGGCCACAAGCAUCACCUGCUGAGACACCAGCACGUUCACACCAGUGAGAAGCCGUUUGCCUGCAGCCACUGUUGCCAUCACUUCAGCCAGGAGCGCCAUCUGGUCAUCCACCAGCGCAUCCACACUGGGGAGCGCCCCUUCGCCUGUACCCACUGCCCCAAGGCCUUCAUGUACAAGAAGAACCUCACAGCCCACAAGCGAAGCCAUGCUGGGGAACGCCCCUUCACCUGCAACCAGUGCCCAAAGGCCUUUAAGGACAGCAGUAGCCUUACAGCCCACCAGUGGGUCCACACAAGUGACUACCCUUUUGCCUGCACCCAGUGCCCCAAGGCCUUCAUGUACAAGAAGACUCUCACUGCCCACCAGCGCAUCCAUUCUGGGGAGCGCCCCUUUGCCUGUGCCCACUGCCCCAAGACCUUCAGGUACAAGAAGACACUCAGGGACCACCAGCGUAUCCACUCUGGGGAGCGCCCCUUCGCCUGCACCCACUGCCCCAAGGCCUUCAGAGACAGCAGUACCCUCACUGUCCACCAGCGCAUCCACACUGGGGAGCGACCCUUUGCAUGCCAGCAGUGCCCCAAAGCCUUCAGGGACAAGAAGACCCUCACUGUCCACCAGCGCAUUCACUCUGGGGAGCGACCCUUCGCCUGCACCCACUGCCCCAAGGCCUUCAGAGACAGCAGUACCCUCACUGCCCACCAGCGGGUCCACACCGGUGAGAAGCCCUACAAGUGCAGCGAGUGUGGCAAGACCUGCAGCCAGAAGCAUAACCUGAAGAGGCACCAGCGGGUGCACCGGAUCUCAUCGGCAGUGCCACAGAGUGUCCAGUGGGAGGGUGGGGGUCCAUCCCUAACGGAAAGAAGGGCAGAGGAUGAGCCCUUCCAGUGCGGCCACUGCGAGACGCAGGCUCAGGACGAGGGGAUCAUGCUGGCUCAGCAGCAAACCCACAGCACUCCCAGCCUGGGGCCACCUCCGCAGCCCAGCAGCACCUGA